AUGCAUGAUAUCAUGAAAGAGAUGAAGCAGCAGUGGGAGGUAUGGGACAUCCGAGCCUUCAUGAUGAUAAGCCUCUCCCUCCAAACAUUCCUAAUCCUCUUCACCCCUCUCCGUAAGCGCACGUCCACCAAUUGGACGAUAAUGCCCCUGUGGUGCGCUUACCUCCUCGCCGACUGGGCCGCCGUUUACGCCGUCGGCCAAAUCUCCAACACCCAAAACAACGGCAAGGGGGACGAGGAAAACAACGUGAGCGCCGACUUGCUCGCGUUGUGGGCCCCGAUCCUCCUCGUCCACCUCGGCGGCCCCGACACAAUUACCGCCUUCGCCCUCGAGGACAACGAGCUCUGGCUCCGCCACCUCCUCGGCCUCAUCACCCAAACCUCCGCUGCCGCGUACGUUUUCUUCCAAUCCCUCCCGAAAAACCGACUCUGGGCUUCAAUAGUCCUCAUGUUCGUCUCGGGCACAAUCAAGUGCCUCGAGCGCGUCCUCUCCCUCCACGCCGCCUCACAAAACACCUUCCGAGACUCCCUCCUCAAAGACCCCGACCCUGGCCCCACGUACGCUUCCCUCGUCGACGACUACUACUGGAAGACGAAAGCCCACCUCCCGACCCACGUCGUGCGAAUCCGCGAACCGACCCCCGCGAACAAGGGCGUGAACCGGGUCAAAACGGGUCGUUUGACCCGACCCGAGACCAUCCUCUACGCCCACCGAUUCUUCGAAACUUUCAAGGGCCUUCUCGUCGACCUCAUCUUCAGCCAGCGCGAGCGCGACGCGAGCAGAUCGUUUUUUCUCGUGAGGAAGCCGCGGGACGCGUUCCGGGUGAUCGAGACCGAGCUCAACCUCAUGUACGACGUGCUCUUCACCAAGGUAGGGAUCGUGUACAGGCGCGCGGGUUACGUUUUCCGGUUCGUCUCGUUCGCGUGCUUCGCGGCCACGCUCGGAAUCUUCUACUGCGACGACAAGAGCGGGUUCAGAAAACGUGACGUGGCCAUCACGUACGUUUUGCUCGUCGGCGGGAUCUUUCUCGACGUCCUCUCGUUUCUCAUCAUGGUGACCUCCGACUGGCUCCUCGUCGCCACCAAGAAGCUUCCGGACGUCAACAUUGAAGAGGAUCCACCGAACGAGAACGAAGAAGAUCCCGAGGAGGAGUAUCACGAGCUGGGAUUCUUCCGGAAGGUGGCACGCGUGGCGAGCCGGAGAUGGUGCGAGUCCGUGUCGGCGUACAACCUUAUAUCGUACUGUCGAAACCGACGGAGUCUGGUGAAGGAGGAGUUCACGAGAAGGUUCGGUUUGACCAAGUUUCUCAACCGGUUGCAGUACGUGGAGCAGGUUCGGUUCACGAUGGCUCUACGGAACCAUAUCUUUCACGAGAUUCGACGCAAGUCCAAGCUGGCGGAUGACUUGGACACCGCGAAAGGGAUAAGCGCGGCCAGGGGCGAUUGGGUUCUCGGGUUAAUGGGUCGAUCCAAGUUGCUCGAUUACGUGCUCACCGUCGAUUACGAUCACAGCAUUCUUCUCUGGCACAUAGCCACCGAGCUUUGCUACGAGGAAAAAGAAGAGGACACCAAGAAAAACGAGAACUACCGGGAAUUCUCAAAGAUACUCUCCGACUACAUGAUGUACCUACUGAUAAUGCAGCCGGCGAUGAUGUCAGCAGUGGGGGGAAUCGGGCAGAUUCGGUUCCGGGACACGUGUGCAGAGGCGGAGAAAUUCCUCUUCAAGAGGAAAAACGAGAAGGUGAGUCUUUUACAAGUCGUGCUGUACGGUGUGGUGACUUUCUUGAAGUAUUUUGUUCUCGUGCUCGUUUUUCCUGUGGGGCUGCCUCUGUUCUACUUGGUGUAUUAUCCGAUUGUAGGGUUUGCUGGCGGGCGCACGGGUGGGUAUUUUUCGAGGUGGAGGGGUAAAGGUGAGGAAAUUAGCCAGAAUAAGGCGUGUGAGCGUAUAAGGGAAGUGAACACGGAGGAAAUUAAGCCGGUGACGAUCAAAGGGGAUAGGAGUAAGUCGGUUUUGUUCGAUGGGUGUAUUCUGGCGAAGGAGCUGAAGAAAGUUGGAGCGGAUAAAUGGGAGACUGUGAGCAGAGUGUGGGUGGAGAUUCUGUCGUAUGCAGCGGUGAACUGCAGGGCACACAGCCACGCGCAGGAGCUGAGCAAAGGAGGGGAGCUUAUAACGUUCGUGUGGCUGCUGAUGAUACACUUGGGGCUGGGGAAUCAGUACCAGAUUAGGCAGGAUCAAGGGAGGGUUAAGCUCAUGGUGGACCGCUAG